AUAAUCAUAGCUAUUAAUGUUGUCUGUGAAAUUUUUUCUUCUUUAUGCUAAAUAUUGCCAGUUCCUUCACAUAUCCCUUCCGUGACAUGAAUUCAAGGUUCUCCCUUUCCAAUCAGGUUACCUGUCUGGCUUAUGAUAUUAUAAGUGAUGAUGCCCAGAACUCAAUACAGGUUUCUGUUGUGAACUGAUAAGGAUGAAGACAAUCACUGCUUUGUUUCUGGUAGCUAUCAGUGAGUACAGCCAUUGUACAUUCACAUUGAGCUUGCUUACAGUCUAUUAAAAACUCUUUUUCAGACAAACUAGGACUUUCUGAACUCCAGGAAAGACUUUUGAAUUCAUUGUAUAUGUUCAUUCCAGUGCUCUAAUCUGUUAAGAUCCUUUUGGAUCUACUGGCAGGCAGGUGGUACAGUGGGUAGAGCAUCAACUCCACCGGAAUCAGGAGGACCUGACUUCCAAUCUAGUCUCGUAUACUUAAAUUGUGUGAUGAGGGCAAGUCAACUAAUCUCGUUUGCUUUGUUGAAUCCAGAUUACCUUCUUUAACAGCCUAUACUUCAUUUCCAGAUUUUAUAAGCAUGCUAUUUGUACCUUAAAGUCAUUGACAAAAAUGUUAAACUACACGGAACAAGUUCCAAGACCUAGAUGAUUAACUGGAGAUCUUUUAAAUCUACAUCUUUUCAUUAAUGACUACUUUUGGGGUCUGCCAUGUAGUCAUUUUUGAAUAUGGCUAAUUGACCUAUUACCUAUCUAAUUUUCUCCCAUCCUUUCCACAAGAAUAGUAUGAAACCUGUACUUUGUUGAAUCUUUUGCUGACACAGGUUCAUAUUUGUGCAUCCAUAUAAACAAAGGCAGUUCAGGUUUAUUGAAAGCAAAUUGGUAGGCAAGGGAAUGAAUACAAAAGAACAGUGAUAUUCUGAAUGUUAAUUUAAGAUUCUUCCCCUAUCCCCAAAAGAUAAUGUAAGCUACUUGUAAAUGAAUAGGUUCCACAGCAUCUAGAAUUGAAUACUUGGAACAUAGGCAAAUACUAGUGGAAAAUAUUUUAAGUUCUCACUUACUGCUGUAUUGACUUGAAAGCAAAAUGGAAAAAUAUGCAUUGUUAUUAGCCUCCUUGACCACUAGAGGGUGUGCUUUUGUUAAAAUCAAAUGCUAAUUGAAUUUAUACAGCGUCUUGGGAAGCUCUUCAAAUGAGCUUUUCAUGAUAAAUGAGAAAAGUGUCGAUGUAGAAAAGUUGAAGUGGAGUUGAGCUACUUUUUAGAUAUCAUUGAGAGAGCAUUUAUUAAUCUGCCAGGCAUUGUAUAAGGCAGCACAAAAAGAUCUGAUUUUUCAAGGACCUCUCUGGUUGAGGAAAUAGCAUAUACGACAAUAAUUUUUAUAUAAAAUCCAUGCACAGCAAAACCAAAAUAAUUUCAGAUAGAGUGGGUAUUAAUAAUUGGGGGAUUGACCAAGCCUUCUUCAGGAGGGACUGUGUAUGAUGGUCUAGGAGGAAAGAGAUUCCAAGCACAGGAACACUUUGUAAAAGGCACACUGGUGAAUUAUAGCAUGUGAGGUAGAAGAAUUAAGCAGCUAGUGUGUCUGGGAAGCCGAGGCUGUACACAAAGCCUUUCUGAAGGAUGGGAUGAAGAGGGGAGACAAAUGAAGAUAGGAUUUCAAUUAGAAACCUAGUAAAUCACACUUUUUUAUUAACUGUGCUGCUCUUUGAGAUACAAAGAAAGGCAAAAACACUUAACAUGAUCCCUGCCCUCAAGAAACUUUCAUAAUGGGUGGGGGAGGGACAGCUUGUUUUUGAAAAGGGAUUUCCUUUUUAUUAAAAAAAUUUUUUUUUUAUUUCUCAAGUAAUGAGUAUUUUAAAAAUUAGCAUUUUUCUUCUCCCAAGCCCCUCUCUGAACAAGUAAAUGCUGAAAAACAUCUUAAUGUAUAUUAGUCAAGCAAAACAAAUUAUUCAUUGAUGUGAUCCAAAAAAAAAUGUAUGUCUCCACAUUUCAAGCUAAUCACUUCUCUUAAUAGUUUUCAGAUCCAAGUUAUGGACAAAAACUCAUUUGGACUAUGUAUUUCUCAGCUAGACUACCUAAAUAUUAACAAUGGAUAAAUGCAAGCAUGUUGGGCGGCUUCGGCUUGCUCAAGAUCAUUCCAUCCUCAAUCCUCAAAAAUGGCAUUGUGUGGAUUGUAAUACGACAGAUUCAGUGUGGGCUUGCCUUAGCUGUUCACACGUGGCAUGUGGAAGAUAUAUUGAAGAACAUGCACUCAAGCACUUUCAGGACAGUAACCACCCAGUAGCAUUGGAGGUGAAUGAGUUGUAUGUUUUCUGUUAUCUUUGUGAUGACUAUGUUCUUAAUGAUAAUGCAACCGGUGACUUGAAAUUAUUACGGAGUACCUUGAGUGCAAUCAAAAGUCAGAAUUAUAACUGUACUACUCGGAGUGGAAGGAUUUUACGCUCUAUGGGUACCAGUGAUGACUCUUACCCUUCACAUGGUGGUGCCCAAGCUCUCCUUCGAAAUGAAGAUCAAAUGUUCACUGCUCUUUGGCAUAGGAGACGGAUGUUAAUGGGCAAAGUAUUUAGAUCUUGGUAUGAACAAACUCCCAUUGGAAAAAGGCAAUUAGAAGAAGAAAAACUUCAGGAAGAAGCAGAAGCCAAGAGAGAAGAAGCAAGAAGACGACGACAGGAACUGAAGCGUCAGUUUAAGGCAGAAAUGGAGCGAAUGCCUCCAAGAAAAAGUUCACGUUUGCAAGGCCUUGCCAAAUCUGGUGUUACGGAAAUGCUCCCUAUAAAGAAACUUGUUCGGAGCCCAGCAUCACCAGUGAUUGGUAAAAAAGUGUCUACCUCACAUGAAAUAAGAUUAAAAAAAGUGAGUGAUUCUCCCAUCAAACGAAGACCAACAGUGACUCCUGGGGUAACAGGAUUGAGGAAUUUGGGUAAUACCUGCUAUAUGAAUUCUAUCUUGCAGGUAUUAAGUCAUUUACUUAUUUUUCGACAGUGUUUUUUAAAAUUGGAUCUGAACCAAACUCAAGAAUUGCUGGCUACAGCUGCUAGUGGGAAGACUAGAUCUUCUUGUAAACAUCCACCAGUCACAGAUUCUAUGUUUCACAUAAAAGAAAAUCAAGAAAAAUACAAAGGCUCUCCUGGGUUAAGACGCUCAAGUCUGUCUUCAGGUUUAAGUGGUGGUGCAUCUAAAAGCAGGAGCAUGGAACUUAUUCAGCCCAGGGAGCCAAGUUCCAAAUACAUUUCUCUUUGUCAUGAACUGCAUACUCUUUUCCAAGUUAUGUGGUCUGGAAAAUGGGCAUUGGUGUCACCUUUUGCCAUGCUACAUUCAGUAUGGAGGCUAAUACCAGCAUUCCGUGGUUAUGCCCAGCAAGAUGCUCAGGAAUUCCUCUGUGAACUUUUGGAUAAAGUACAGCAUGAACUAGAGACGACAGGUACCAGGUAUCCAGCUCUCAUCCCCAGUUCUCAAAAGAAACUUAUCAAACAGGUUUUGAAUGUGGUGAAUACCAUCUUUCAUGGACAGCUUCUUAGUCAGGUUACAUGUCUUGCAUGUGAUAAUAAGUCAAAUACAGUCGAACCUUUCUGGGACCUGUCACUGGAAUUUCCCGAAAGAUACCACUGUAAUGGAAAAGAAAUGGCUGCCCAGUAUCCAUGCUUGGUUACAGAAAUGUUGGCCAAGUUCACAGAAACUGAAGCUUUAGAAGGAAAAAUAUAUGUGUGUGACCAGUGUAACACAAAGCGCAGGAAAUUUUCUUCAAAACCAGUUAUACUCACAGAGGCCCAGAAACAGCUUAUGGUGUGUCGGCUGCCUCAAGUUCUGAGACUACACCUUAAACGAUUCAGGUGGUCAGGGCGUAAUCAUCGAGAGAAAAUAGGAGUACACGUUGGUUUUGAUGAAAUUCUAAACAUGGAGCCAUAUUGCUACAGAGAGUCUUUAAAGUCCCUCAGACCAGAAUGUUUCAUCUAUGACUUGUCUGCUGUCGUCAUGCAUCAUGGGAAAGGGUUUGGCUCAGGACACUAUACUGCAUACUGCUACAACUCUGAAGGAGGAUUCUGGGUACACUGCAAUGAUUCCAAGCUUAACAUGUGCACUCUGGAAGAAGUGUGUAAGGCCCAAGCUUACAUCUUAUUUUAUACCCAGCGAGCUCCUCAGGAGGGCGAAUAUUCGAGACUCUCAGCUCCUGAAUUAUUGUCUCCCAGGCCACAGCCGGCCAGGGAAGAAGCCAACCCACCUCUGAGUGCCAGAAGGAGCUGAUCCAAAGACAGUGACUUACUGUGGUGGCUUGGGGCCUUAUGCUUUGAAUCCGGCUGAGGUAGGGGGUGUUUGUUUUGUACUUUCUCUUGUGAAUCAGUGUACACUAUGUUUAUAUA